UCCCGGUUUUCUGAGGGCCUAAGGAGAGGGGAGGCUGGGCCGGGAGAGGACGGCGGGGUUGGCCGGUGGCCCUCGCUCUGGGGCCGGUCUGGGACUGCUCCGUUCCGCUCCCUUCACCGCUUUUGGCCCGGAGUGCGCCGUGCGGAGCGGCGGCUCGGCAAUGGCGGAGGGCGCGGCGCUGCGAGCUGUCAGGGGCUGCCUGAACGCCUUCCCCCGGGAGGCCCGCGAGCUGGGGUGGACAGAGUCCAUACCUUACCUUGACAGGCCUCCAUCCCCACUGGAGUUUUAUCGGGAAUGGGUGAGUCCGAAUAAGCCUUGUAUAAUUCAGAAUGCCAUCAGCCACUGGCCAGCUCUGAAGAAAUGGAGCUUGGUGUACCUGAGGGAGGUAGUGGGUGCCAAGGUAGUGAGCGUGGCAGUAACACCAAAUGGUUAUGCAGAUGCAGUGUUUCAGGACCGUUUUGUCAUGCCAGAAGAACGCCAGAUGCCUUUUGUGGACUUUUUGGACAUUGUAGAGAAGAAAGUGACCUCUCCCAACGUAUUCUAUGUGCAGAAGCAGUGUUCAAACCUCACUGAGGAGUUCCCUGAACUUGUCUGUGACGUGCAGACUGACAUACCAUGGAUGAGUGAAGCACUUGGGAGGAAGCCUGAUGCUGUAAAUUUCUGGCUUGGGGAAUCAACUGCUGUGACAUCUUUACAUAAAGAUCACUAUGAGAACUUGUACUGUGUCCUCUCUGGAGAGAAACAUUUCCUGCUGCAUCCACCAAGUGACCGUCCCUUCAUCCCAUAUGAGCUCUAUCACCCAGCAACCUACCAGGUAUCAGAAGAUGGCUCAUUUGAAAUUGUGGAUGAGAAGAGUGCAGAUAAGGUGCCUUGGAUCCCCCUGGACCCAUUGAACCCAAAUCUGGAACAGUACCCAGGUUAUGCUCAGGCAAAACCUUUGCAGUGUACAGUGAAAGCUGGUGAGAUGUUGUACCUGCCUUCUCUCUGGUUCCAUCAUGUUCAGCAAUCACAUGGCUGUAUAGCAGUGAAUUAUUGGUAUGACAUGGACUAUGACCUUAAGUACAGCUAUUAUCAACUAUUAGACAGUCUCACAAAAGCUGUGGAAAUGUUAUAGCAGAGGUGGGAGACUCAAGCUUCUUAUCUCUGAUGUCAUACUGUCAUCAGCAUCUGUGACUGGAGUACAAACAUGAUGCGAGUGGAAAAAACUGAGCAUAAAAUUAUCCACAAUUAAAAGAACUGAAUGUUAAAUUAUCCACAAUGAUGUUCAUCAAACAGAUCAUGGAUAUGCUGUUUGAUUUCAGAGUCCAGAUCAACUGGCCAAAUUUUUUGGCUUGUAAAUAGAAGGUUUGAUAGUGGCAUUUUUAAUUUUUUGCAUGUGAGUGAUGGUGAGCAAAAUAAAAUUUGAAGUAAGGCAA